UUCUUCAGGCAAUUCCGAAGAUCAUGACGAAGAAGACAUGAUACCUUUGAGCCUAAUAGCAAAACCUGGUAAAGAGAUUGGAGAUAACAAAAAAACAAAUGCUGAUCACAACGCUAAUGACAACAUAUUUAUCAAGAUGUCAAGAGAGAUUGCCGAGGAGAAUAAGAAAAAUUGUGCUGAUUUUGAUCCAGUUAUCCACGAGCUAUUGUAUCCUCCAUUUAAUAAACCUCCGCACAUGGUAAAAACUAUGACCUCUCAAGAUAAAAACGAUUCCAACUUUAUUAGAGAGCAAGAUUCACGUAAUAAAAAAAACGGAGACACUAGUAUUGAUGACAAAAAGAAAGUAUCUCCAAGAAGUAACUUUUUUGAGAAGGUAGACAUUCGUAGUUCCGCCACGUGCGAUGAUGAUUCUCCCGCAAAUGAAGAUCUUAACAACCCAGAAUCAGAAAAAUCUGAUGAUGCUAAAAAUAAUAAAAAUGAAAUGGUAUUAAACGUCUCUUCCACCGACAAAAUGAAAAAUGGCGCCGAAGAUCAAACGCAUCCAAGUAACAUAAAGGAAACUUCCAUUGGACAACACUGCACCGAGCGGGACCAAGCAUCAUCUUCUUUCUCCGAAUCGAGUGAUUUAACCAAAGGAAAUUCGGAUACUCCAAAUGCUAUUCCUUAUGAAGCUCAUCAAAAUCCUGUUCAACCAAUUCUUCCUACUCCUCCCACUUCUCCAAAAUCUGUUAACUCGGAUGAUAAAUCAGAUAAAGCGACGGAAACUUCUUGUCAGCAGAAUAUUUCGUCUGGUUCUGACAAACCUAUGCGAACGGAAAAUGUUCAAGUUAACCACCGUGCCACAGUUGUUAAAUCGCCAUCCCGCUGUACCGGAACCAAAGAAUUAGUUACGGAUCAAUAUCACCAUGAAAGUUGGAUUAAUAACAAUGUGUGUUUAUCUGGAAACUUAAUCGAAGCCGCUGCAGAACUUGCCGGAGUGAAAACGCGGACUCUCAUAGGUGGAAACUUUUUACCGUCAAAACCCACUCCCCAGAGUGCAGUUGAAUGUGCUGAACCAGUUACUCCAAUAAGGCGUGAUUCCAAUGACCAGUUGGAAAAUAUACAACUUCACAUUUCACCCAUCAACACAUUGAACGAAACGUUUACCAGCUGGCAUAUGCCCGAAGCUGAGAGUUGUCACGGAUUUCUCGAAGUAUGCAUGUCUGUACAUUCAAAUAGUGUAUAUGCUCUACGUCGCAUCCCGUAUGUCAAAACAACGACUAUUGUGACAGAAUCGACGAGUUCGGGUGCCAACACCAUGUUUGUUAGAGGUCAACCCAGUUUCUUGGGGGCGAAUGAAGCAGGAAUGGAGUUACCUACAUCAAGCGCCUGUGCUACUUAUAUUCGCCUUCGAGAUAUUAUUUCAUUGCUGAAAAUCCAUUACGAAGCAUUGUAUUCCCUUGUAGUUCGAUGUGAUGCAGGGAUGUUUUGGCCUAAUGCUUAUGCACAGAAGCUAUUUUCUUUCGUCUACGAUCCGGUAUGUGACACUGACGGGAACAUGGCGAAAAUGACAUUGAGAAAUGUCCGCAGUACUAAAGCUCAACAUUUUUUGGGUCACAUGAUUAUAUUGGACAAGUUCUUGCAUUGUAUUUUGCCGAAAUUUUACCAUGAAGGUUUGGGAGUUCUUUCUUGUGAUGUUCCGAAAUACGUCAACGUCAAGAUUUUUAAACCGAUUUCUGAUAUCGACAAAGAAGUGAUAAAGAUUUUUCAGAAACCGUACGAAUACAACUCGGUGUUGCGUGGUAAGGACGACAGAAUCAAAUGCAAGGUUAUGGAGAAACUCAAAUUACCACCAGAUUGUAACAAGAAUCGAAAGAGAUCUGCAAGCAAUGAUUCCACGGAUUCUGUUAAAAGAAGAAAAUCGUGUACUCCGGGCCUAGUGGGUCAAGUAACCUCCGGGACCGUACCGCGUGUUUCUACUUUUGCUUUCAGCCAGCCUGUUGCUUGCACAACUUCAAAUUCCAUAAGACCCUACUGCCAAGUAAACGUAACAAAUCUUGCUAUCAUUAAUGCUAACGUAGUACAAACCCAGUCAUCUAAUAUAUUUUCUCAAAACAAGAUGUAUGGUAACGGUGUGAACAGACCUGCCCAAGAGACGUUUCCUGGUGCUGUGAAUACAAGACCUUGGUUUUCUCCUCAAUUCCAUCCUACAUUUACUUGUCAGUCACAAUCCUCAAAGAAUAUUGGUACGAAUACUUGUUAUGCACAAACUCUUCCAAAGCUGGUUCAAUCUGAAGAUCUGACUUCCUCGUCAUUGGUGAUGCCAACGCCAGUUACCAAUCUGAACCAGUUUAACAGGCUUCCUCAAUUUUCGAAGGCCUUUUUACGGCCGAGUGUAUUUUGCAAAUCAGUGGAACAUCCUGUGUUAUCAUCUACUAUCGAGGGUACUCAUGAAAAGCCUAGAAUGGCUAAUGCCAUGGGAAACUUCAAUGUUACUUCGGAACGUGUAGCACAUCGAGUCGCACCUACGACAGCUACGUCUUCUUCACCGGAUCCAGAAUUUGCAUUAACUUCCAUCUUCAGUAUGAAUGAUCAGAGACGAGGUUUAACGAAAAGUACAUAUGCUGUAGGUGGCGCAGAAACUCGAGUUACACCAUCCAACUUGUUGACCACAAAGGAAUUCUUAUUGAAUGCGUCAAAAGUGAUAAGCGUGCAGAAUACGACUAACAAAGACGAAGGUGAAACGGGACUGGUUCAGAAAUUGCGAAGUCGAAACACUUUGCUAAAAUCCGGACUAUCUGAAGCCGGGGAUGUUAUAUCAGAACCUACUGACACAGCCGACACAGCAAAUCAGAUUUCGAUUGCUACCGCAAGCGAGAUCACAUUGCCAACUUCUGAAACAAACAACAUUGAAUCUACGGCGACCGAUGUUUACAGUAUUUCAUCACCGUCCGAUACACUACAAUUAACUGGAGAAGCCAUCAGCCGGCGAGGAAGGAAGAAGUUAUUGGAAAUAAUGACGGCAGAUGCAGAUUCAGAAUCUGGACACUUGUCGGGAGUUGUCAGCAAAUUAAAGUCCAGAGUAGAAGAGAAGGUUACUGACGCCAAACUAAAGCAGAAAAGAAAGGGUGUGAAGCAAAAAAGAAAAAAGUGAAAUGACGAACCAAAAAUAAAACACCAUAAAUAAAUUAUUUGGUACUUGACAGUAUUUAUGAUUUUGUGAUCGCCUAAUUGUGUUAUAUAAGAUAUUUCCUAUCGGAAUAUCAGCAUUUAUUGAUUUGAAAGCAUGUGAACAUCGUAAUUAGCUAUUGGCCCCAAUCUGCGUAUAAAGUAGCCUAUGUCGCUUAUAGAUUGUUCUACUUACGUGUGUUUAUAAUUUUGUUUUGAAGUGUUCUAAAAUUAUCGUGUGAACUAUUUAGAUCUUAUUUUUCGUAAAUCGAGCCUUGCUUGCAUUUUGUCUUUAUUUAUUUUUUGCUAAAAUCAAAUUUUCAACAAGAGAUUUCAGUAUAAGACUUGUCACUCCGUAAUAUGCAUAUCAAUAAAAUCUAGGACAGAACUAUUAAUGGGAGACGAUAUACCAUGUAUUAAAUGCGAUAAUAUAGGUGUGUGAUUACACACAUCUGAUUUGUUUGGUGCUUUUGCUGAUUUAUUGCAAGUAUUUCGGAGUAUGCCUGCUCAGACUUGUUGGAGUUCAAUUUCUACUGUUUCUUUCCCAUAUUUUCGGCGAUUCUUUUCGUAUAUGCAACUUCAAAUAAAAUGCAAAGUUUCGUAAAAAUCUCAAUGCUGACUUUCUUG